UCGAGAAAAAGUGGCCGAUAGAAAGCAUGUUUAUUUCCUGCGUUUUCCCCUUAGGUUUGCCGUUGCCUCUAUGUUCUGCGUGAUAUGAACUCUGUUGAAAAACUAUUCUGUGUAUCUUAUGCAUAUUUCGCUUUAUUUAAUUCAACAUAGAAGUAAAUCUGAGCAGGAACUUCUUUUCUUUUGACUAUGCAUCUUUCAUGAAACUUGUGUAAAUUAAUAUCGAAUGACUUCUAUAAAUUUAAACAUGCUCCAAUCUUUGAAACCCUUUCAAUGCCCAAGCUGCAAUUCAUGGUUUUCUAGCAAAGAAGCAGCAAGGUACAAUGUAACCAGAUUCCCAAGGAUCCUUCCAUGUUUCCACUCUGUAUGUGAGAAUUGCCUUAAUAGUGCAGUUAAAAUUGGGACAUUUGAAUGUCCCAUUUGUAAAGAAGUCGCUGAUGUAUCUGAAGGUGGAAUUGCUAAACUGCAGCCAGAUGUCCAUAGUCUUGGCAUUAUUAGUGUGAACAUGAAAAAUUCACUUCCAAGCAUCAAGACAAGAUAUGUGUCACCUAGUGCUUUGAAAAAGAAUCAGUAUCAUGAACCACUUAAAAACUUAGUAACUUCUUUGACUUGUCAGCGUUGCCACAAAAAUGAGGCAUUAUGGCAGUGUGAUGAGUGCCAGUUAAACUUCUGCAGUAUUUGCUAUGGAGAUGUACAUAGUGAUAUGAAACUCAAAAAGAAACAUGAAGCCAAAAAGAUUUUUGCUGAAUUAUAUAAUUCAAUGGUUCAGGAAGGAUGUCCAGAACAUGAAAAUAAGAACGUGGAAUUUUACUGUGAAAUAGAUGAUCAGUUAACGUGUAGUCACUGCAUGCUAAUGGGAGACCAUAUUGGGCACAAAGUUAAAACUCUCCUAGAUAAGAACAAGUCAUGUGCAGCUAGUUUACAGUUAGUAUUGAAUGAUGUUACCAAAAUGCAGAGGCAGCUCAAAUAUACUGAUCAUCUUAUAUGUGAAGUUUCGCCAAAAGAAAAAAUUGAUACUACCCAUUUAUUUUCUGAAAUUCAUGAUCAUUUUCAUAGACUACAUACAUUAUUGCAAAUAAGAUUCUUGUGGACUAGAGAGGUCAAGACGCUAAAAUUUCAUGACCAACGACUUGAUGGUGGUAAAGUGUCCAGGCUAUUUUUAUGCUUAAAUGUUUCUAUAAUUUUUCAGCGGUUAGAAGUCACAAGCUUUGAACGAGAUUUGGCUGCUGCAAAAAAAGAUGCGGAAGCUGUAAUUGAAAAUCCUUGUUUAGCAAUUAGUGCUCCUGCAUUAUUAAAAAAAUUGGAAGAUUGUAAAAAUCUGCCAUGUCAUUUGGUUCCAGUUAAUGAUUGUGAUGAAAAUGCAAAAUAUGUCAGCAUUGACCUUGAUUUAAAUGCAGAUGUGGAAGAGCAAAUAAAAAAAAUUGGAAGCUUAAAAUGUAACGCAAAACCAAAGUAUACCUUAAUGUCAGUUAAUGAACUUCCUCCUAACUUCACUCCUAUGGAAAUUCCUGAAUCAUUUGAUUCCAGUGCUCAAGAGGUAGAGUCAUGUGCAACUUCUGUGGAUAAUUUCUCAGAAGACAGUUUAUCUGUGAGUUCUAGUCUUUCAAACAUUCAAGCUUCUUUGAAGUGUCGAGAUUUUACUAGAAGACAACCAGAAAGAGUGAGCGUGACUCACAUAAAAUCUCCUUCAUCUUUCUUUGUUCAAAGAUUUAUUGAUGCCAGAAGGUUGAGAGCAAUUACUGAAGCAAUGAGGCGGUACUGUAAGCAAAAUGAUGGCAGGAAAAACAGGCCUUCUGAACUCAUUCCAGGAGAUUUAUACUUAGUAAAAUACAGUGCUGACAACCAAUGGUAUCGAGGAAGAGUGCUGUCUAUUAUGGAUCCAGAGUGCUCGGAUGACGAAGCUUUUGUAGGAAAAAAGGCCCCAAUGGUUACUUCUGGUGGGAAAGUAAUUGUAAGGGAAAAAGAAACCAGAGCUGUGGUGUAUUACAUUGAUUUUGGAAACACCGAAAUCGUUUCGAUAAACGAUAUCCGGAAUAUACAGCCCAGGUUCCUCCAAUCUCCAAGUUUUGCUCAAGAGUGCUCUCUUAUAGAUAUCAAUCCGAUUCAUGGAGAUGAAUGGAGUGAAGAGUGUAUCAAAACAUUUGCCAAACUCGUUAAAGAUAAAUCUCUUAUAAUGCAGGUCUAUGAAGAGAGAAAUAAUGUUUUCUUUGUGGAUUUGUGCCAAGCAGCUGAUAAUGAAAUAACUUCUGAUACUCCUGUGUCUGUGAGAGAUAUGCUUGUUUUCCUAGAAUUAGCUCUGUUUCCUUCUGGUAUUAAAACAGUCCCUGUUAUCAAAAGAAGUAAGAAUUUGAGAAGUUACAUGCCGCCUGAAUCAUUAAGAGUCAAUGCUAAUAUAUCAGCGAUAGUCAGUCAUGUUGUGGAUCCUUACAAUUUCUAUGUGCAACAGAUGUCAACAGCAUCCUACUUAUCUAAAAUAAUAUAUGAACUGAAUGAGACUUACAACAAGGAAAGCAAUCCAAUGCUUCAUGGUAUAUAUGUUCCAUAUAUAGGUUUGAUAUGUGCUGCUCAAUUCAGUCUUGACAAACAAUGGUAUCGAGCAGAAGUAAUUGGCCUGCCUGGUGGUGCAAAGGUUGAAGUUCGCUACGUGGAUUUCGGCAACACUGAAAUAAUUCAUCAUAAGUAUUUAAGAAAGCUCUUUGAUGUAUUUUUAAAGCUCAAUAUUCAAGCUAUACCUUGCAGGUUGGCACAUGUCAGCUACAAUCAAGAAAAGUGUUGGAACUCAGAGGCGAAAGAGUGGUUGACAAAUGAAGUAUCUCGUAAGCAGUUGAUAGUAAAAUCUUUAGGUACCAUUCCAGGAAGCAAUAAGUCUGAAAUUGUGAUUUAUUACUCAGAUGAUGUGUAUGAUGUCUGUGUCAAUUCUCUAAUGGUUGAGAAAGGAUUUGCAACUGCUACUGGGCCAUUUGGCACUGCAGAAGUAAGGGUAAGGAAAGAGAUUCCACCUCCCAAGGAAAACUUUGUUGACAUGGAUUCUUCAAAUUCUCUAGUCACCUAUAAUCCCCUUAUUAAUCCUCCUGUUCCUCUUGAAGAAAGUAUACCACCUCCAGUAAGUAACAUCAAAAGUCCAAGCCAGAAACCAAAAUACCCAACUCUAGCACCUCCGCCUUCUAAUAAAGAUAAGGAAUACAUCGAAGUGCAUGUGAGUCAUGUAGAAUCACCGGGGUGCUUCUACAUCCGCAUUGCUGGUGACAUGGAGAAUAAACUUACAGCGUUAAUGAAGGAGAUGCAAAAAGUGUAUGAAAACCUUGAGGGUGAGGUGAUUGACUGCAGCAUUGGAAAAGCCUAUGCUAUUUAUAGCCAAAAGGAAAAAAAGUGGUUAAGGGGAACAGUGACUGCUAAAUUGGAAAAUGAUAUUGUUAAUGUGCACUAUGUUGAUUAUGGUGGUAAUGAUGAUGUUCCAAGAACAGAUCUUCGUAAACUAAUUGAUCUGUUUACAAAAGAUGAUGCCUUCUCCAUACGUUGCCAUCUUGAAGGAAUAACCCCAACUGGAGGGAGUGCGCAAUGGUCGCGGACAGCUUGUGAUGCUCUUCAGCGGACUGUUGUUGGCUAUGAUGUUUUGCUACUUACAUUUAAGGGAGAACCUGAUAAAGAAAACAAUUCUUUGCCAGCAGAUUUAUAUAUUGAAAAUUUGAUACAAGGAGGUGCUCUUGAACCCACUAGAUUAGAGUACCUUAGCAUAUCCGAAGAAUUAGUAAAGAAUGGCCUUGGACUUCCUGUGAGAAAGAAAUGUAGUGUUAAGGAUGAUGUGCCUGCUGCAAAAACUCCUGAUGUCAAAAAAGAAGAUGUAAAUAAAACUAAUGAAUCUCUUACUCCAGAAAAAUGUGAUAUAGAAAUGAUAGAAAAAAAUACCUCAGAAGCCUCUAAAAAUGGGUGCAUCAAUGCCCAAAAAUGUGGUGAGAUUCCCAUUAUAGAGUUACCAGCGGUGACAGUUCCUAGUCCACCCAAACCUAGAAAACCUAAAUUCCAGUGGCUACCAGCUGUGUUACCUCUUGAAUCUACAUUCCGUGCAUACAUAACUAAUGUUGGGGAAGAUGGUAGUGUUCAUCUUUAUGUUUUAAAGGAAGGUAAUAGCCAGGUUGAUAUAAUAAAGAAGGCUCUGCAGUUCAAGUUUACUAGAGAUAGUUAUGAGCCGUUAAAAGAGCCUCCGUCUGUUGGAGAAGCAUGUAUUGCAAAGUUCAGUGUGGAUAGUUGUUGGUAUAGAGCUGAAGUACUAAAUAUCUAUUCAGAAAAGAUAAAGGUGAACUUUGUUGAUUAUGGUAAUAAUGAAAUGGUACCACUAAAAGAUAUUAGACCAGAAAUUAUAAUGCAGAAAUUUGCACGACAGUGUAUAGAAUGCAGUUUAUAUGGCUUAGAUGAAUCUUUCAAAUGGGAUAAUGCUGUGAUAGAUUUUGUACAUAGACAGUUAGUUGAAACAGAAGUUGAUGUGGAAAUAAUGGGUCCAUCUAACAAUGGCAAGCUUCCAUGUCGUAUCAAAAUGUUAUCUGGUAUGGAUAUAUCUGAACUAUUACUAAGCAUGGGAUUUGAUUCUGCCGAGGAAGAGGAUUUAGGUCACCUGUCAGUAUCUCAAACUGAACUUGAUGAAUUUAAAACAUUCUCUGCUGCCAAAGAAUGGAGAGAAGGAGAUCUCUAUCCUGUGUGUAUCACACAAGUUCCUUCUCCUAACAUUGUCUAUUUACAACAGCUUAAAUUUGAAAAUCCAAAAGAAGACUAUGAAAUAGAACAUAAUCAAGUACAUGAUGCAUUUCUUCAGCUGAUAGCAGAGCUUAGGGAAAAGGCCGACAGCUUCCCAAAAUUGAAAGAACCUCUACCAGGUAUGCCAUGUUGUGCUAAAUACAGUUAUGACCAAAACUGGUAUCGUUGUGAGGUAACAGAUCUUACUGAGGAUGGUGUGGUUGUCCUGUAUGUAGAUUACGGUAACACAGAAGUUGUGUCUCCAAAUGACCUUCGAGAAUUAGAAAGCAGAUUUAUUGAAUUUCCAGUGCAAGUAUACUUUUGUGAACUUCAUGGUGUAAAACCUAAAGGUGUUGAUUGGGACCCUAGUGUCCAUGAAAGAAUGGUGAAGAAAAGUCUAGAACUAAAUCCAGAAUUUGAGGCUAAAGUUGUGAUUCCUGAUAAAAUUUUACAAGUGGACAUCUUUACAAAAGUUGAUGGACAGUAUAGAUUAGUUUACGAAGACCUGGUUGAAGAAAAUCUCAUUGUUUUAGAUAAAUGAUAAAAACUUUGUUUAUAUUUCAUACAGUUAUCUGUGUCAUUGUGAUUAAUUCAUAUUUUUUCUCCUCAUGAACAAGCUCUCUGUAAUUAUUAAGCUAGAUCAUUUUUUAUGUGAUGUGGUUAUGCUUCUCAUUUGUUUUGUACAUAUUAUUUUGUUAUGAGAGAAUAAAUAUUUAUUUUAA